GUGGCGCAUUCACUGAUUGUCAACAUACAAGAUGGCGACCCAUCACAGACAGAACGCUGCUGCACGAAGGAAAGUCCAGGUUUCCUAUGUGAUUAGAGAUGAGGUGGAGAAGUACAAUCGUAACGGUGUGAACGCUCUUCAGCUGGAUCCUGCUCUCAACAGACUCUUCACAGCCGGCCGAGAUUCCAUCGUCAGGAUAUGGAGUGUCAAUCAACACAAACAGGAUUCUUACAUCGCUUCAAUGGAGCAUCACACGGACUGGGUGAAUGACAUCAUCCUCUGUUGUAAUGGAAAAACAUUGAUAUCAGCCUCCUCGGACACCACUGUGAAAGUCUGGAAUGCACACAAAGGGUUCUGCAUGUCCACGUUACGGACGCAUAAGGACUACGUCAAAGCUUUAGCAUAUGCAAAGGACAAGGAGCUGGUGGCAUCAGCUGGGCUGGACAGGCAGAUCUUCCUGUGGGAUGUGAACACCCUGACAGCUCUGACCGCCUCCAAUAAUACAGUCACCACACACUCUCUGAUGAGCACCACCUGUGGGCAAUUUGCUACUGCCAAGCAAGCAGAGAGAGAGAGAGAGUGCACAUACACAGGGAAACAUAACCACACCCAAAAGGCUUCUUCACUGAGUGGAAACAAGGACUCUAUCUACAGUCUGGCCAUGAAUCAGACAGGAACUGUGAUCAUCUCAGGAUCUACAGAGAAGGUCUUAAGGGUCUGGGAUCCACGAACUUGUGCUAAGCUAAUGAAGCUGAAAGGCCACACUGACAACGUCAAAUCAUUAUUGUUAAACAGAGACGGCACUCAGUGUCUCUCCGGUAGUUCGGACGGUACGAUACGCUUGUGGUCUCUUGGCCAGCAGCGAUGCAUCGCCACAUACCGUGUCCACGAUGAGGGUGUAUGGGCGCUGCAGGUGAACGAGGCCUUCACGCACAUCUACUCCGGGGGACGUGACCGAAAAAUCUUCUGCACGGAUCUGCGUAACCCUGACUUGCGUGUGCUCAUAUGUGAAGAGAAAGCUCCCAUCCUGAAGAUGGAAUUGGACAAAUCAGCUGAACCUCCUCAAGCAAUUUGGGUGUCCACAACUAAAUCGUUUGUAAACAAAUGGUCUCUAAAUGGCAUGCAUAACUUCAGAGCAUCUGGAGACUACGACAACGACUGCAGUGCCCCUUUAACUCCACUGUGUACACAGCCAGAGCAGGUCAUCAAAGGAGGCACCAGCAUUGUUCAGUGUCAUAUUCUCAAUGACAAGAGGCACAUACUCACUAAAGACUCCAAUAACAGUGUGGCAUUCUGUGAUGUCCUCAAGGCAUGUAAGGGGGAAGACCUGGGUAAAGUGGACUUCGAUGAAGAAAUUAAAAAGAGGUUCAAGAUGGUCUAUGUGCCAAACUGGUUUUCUGUAGAUCUCAAAACAGGGAUGCUGACCAUCACGCUGGAUGAAAGUGAUUGUUUUGCGGCAUGGGUGGCAGCUAAAGAUGCUGGUUUUACAAGCCCAGACGGCUCUGAUCCAAAGUUGAAUCUGGGUGGGCUGCUCCUGCAGGCGCUGUUAGAGUUUUGGCCCAGAACUCAUAUAAACCCAGUGGAAGAGGAGGAAAGCGAACUCAACCAUGUGAACGGUGAACAGGAGAGUCGAAUUCAAAAGGGCAACGGCUACUUCCAGGUUCCUCCACACACUCCUGUCAUCUUCGGUGAAGCAGGAGGAAGAACAUUGUUUAGGUUAUUGUGCCGUGAUUCUGGAGGAGAGACGGAGUCCAUGUUACUGAAUGAAACCGUACCUCAGUGGGUUAUUGAUAUCACUGUAGUUAAAAACAUGCCAAAAUUCAACAAGAUCCCAUUCUACCUCCAACCUCAUUCAUCAUCUGGGGCCAAAACACUCAAAAAGGACCGUCUGUCUGCUAGCGACAUGCUACAGGUGCGGAAAGUGAUGGAGCAUGUUUACGAAAAGAUCAUCAACCUCGACACAGAGUCACAGACCACCAGCUCCUCAGUCAAUGACAAACCGGGAGAGCAGGAGAAGGAGGAAGACGUGGCAGUGAUAGCCGAAGAGAAGAUUGAGCUCCUGUGUUUAGAUCAGGUUUUGGAUCCAAACAUAGACCUCAGGACUGUAAAGCAUUUCAUCUGGAAGAGCGGUGGAGACCUGACCCUUCAUUAUCGACAGAAAUCCACGUGAGCCCCUCUGAUCUCUAUACAGACCCCAGUCACCUUCAACCCACAUCGCUUUGACUUCCAGAAGAAGCGUCCCAGAAUGCCCUGCUGUUCUCAGGUCUGAUGGUCACCCAGGAGGAAUGUUUAUUCUCUUUGCAUUGGCUUAAAUGACAAAGCCAGCAGAAAGAUCUGACCGACAGUUGAAGGUUAAAGACUGACUGCAGAUUGAUGCAGUUCUGUGAACUACGACUUCAAUAUUUGUCUGCCUUUAUUGCCUGU